UGUCAAACAGGCAUGCUCAACAGUGGAUGAGGAGGACUUGAGUAUGUUCCAGCCUAGAACUCAUGAAGUCUGGGGCAUUGCCCAUAGGUGGACACUUUUUCCUUGGGUGCUGUGGUGGCUCCGUAACUAGUUGUGUAGCACAUCCAGUUCCCUUAGCGGGACAGGUAGCAUCUUGUCUAAGACAUACAGUUGCAAAAGCGAGAGUAAGUGUGUGUGAUUGGCCUCCCUCCAUUCUCUCUUCUCAUACCCUUUCUAUCUCGAUGGGAAGAGGAUAAGUUAACAAACCAUAAUGUGCUGGAUGGACGUAGAUGCAGGUUCUGAUGAGGUACAAGAAACACUGGAAUGUUUCAGUUGAACUUAAACCUUUCCUUCUUGGAGCUGUCACCAAAGGGUCUGGAAAUACACCACCAGGUUUUGUCCCAAACAAGGCAAUGUACAUGAUGAAAGAUUUACCCCGUUUAUCUAGGUACUUCAAUGUACCUCUGAAGAUGCUUUCGGAUCCUGCCACGAGUAUGUUUGAGAGGGGAUCGCUCGUUCCAAGUCGUUUCUUGACAGCCACAGAUUUGUUGUAUCCUGAUUACCUCGAAGGAGUAACCCGAGCUGUCUGGAUGGAGCUUUGGAACAAGGACGAAGACAUAACAUCUGUGCCUGUAUUGCAACGUGCAGGAAAGGCUGGAGGCUUGAGCGAUGAACAGCUGAAGAAAGUCCUUGAUCACAUAACUGAGCAAGUGACGAAGGACAGGUUGAAGGCCUACUCCAACCUUGCAUUAGAGUAUGGGGCCUUUGGCUCACCAACAAUUGUGGCUCACACAGGAAACGAACCAAUGAUGUUCUUUGGCUCUGACCGAUUUCCAGUCUUGGCCAACGAAAUUGGGGAAAAGUGGCUUGGCCCCGAUCCAGAUAAUCAGAAGUCUCAGUUGUAGACCCACUCCCCUUCUUAAAAAACUUGUGGUAUUGUUUACGAAGAAGGGUGUAAAUUAGGGCAGAUGUCUGCAGGUGCCUUCUGGUGAGAGAUUGGUCUUGUGGUCAUUUAAGAGAUGUUUAGUUACUUGAGAGUUGUAGUUAUUUUGGGAUGUGUAUCUUGUAGAUUUAGAAAGAUAGUAUGGAGUUUGUUCUUUUAACUAACAUUUUAAAUAAUUCUUUUGGUGGAAAUGCUCUUUAGAUGUUGGGACACUUAAUGAUAGAGAUAUUUUUGGUAUUUAAUUUUCUCUGUAGGGUAACAGUAAUCAUAAGUAUUUUAAUUUAGUAAUUAACUUUCCUCCUUUGUAGAAAACUCUUACCCUUGAGUAUUCAGGUUUGUUAUGUGAGGGAAAGUAAGAGUCCUUUUGUUAUAUUCACAAGGAGCAGGUUAGAAAGUAAGUCGUAGUUUUCUUAGAUCAAAGAAAACUCAGAUUGGUUUGGCUCUACAUGGUAAUGAGAAACUUGAUAACCUCUAUAAGAUUCUUACUACUGGAUGUCUUAUAUCUUUGGUGCAAGAUAAUAUAGUUCAAAAUCAUUGUAGCAUAACUAUAGUGUCUUGUAUCUCUGGCACAAGAUAAUUGUAAAAAAUUCAAGCAUAACUAAAGGUUUUAGGUUUUGUUUACCAACAUUACUGCCUUAGUCCUGAACACGGACAUAUUGAAGGAUAGUAGGGAAGGAUUGCUAUGAAUGUUAACCCUGUGAGGAUUAGAAACAAAUGUUAAAGUAUCACAAAUUAAAAAUCAUGCUUUGAAGAUUCUGGGAAUGGUUUUACAAGAGAAAAUGUUGUCAGUAAUUUUGAGUAGCUCCUCAGCCUUUCUGUUGAUGCUCCUUUCAAGAUUUUGCAGCAGCACUGAUUACCACUUGUAGUGCAUAUUUCAGCUCUUGGUUCAGAGGGAUGAUUGUAAACAUUGUUGAACCCAAGAUUACUGUUUAUGGAGAUGGAAGAUAAGCAGUUGAACUUAUAUGAGAAGGUGCAUUGUAUGGCUUACUAAUUUUAGUAUUUGUCCUUAUGUAUUAGUUGAAUUUAAUAGCAAGGUGUAACUGCAGGAUUAGCCAUCAGUUCAGUUCUCCAUAACUUUGAAAACCUCCUACAAGUAUGUUUAUUACUUCAUGACUGAAAUUUCCUGUUGUAUCUAUUUCUCCCUCUAGUUUUCACCAAAUUUUAAUGGGUCAAGAUGCUUAUCCAGAUCUUGUUGACUGCAUUUCCUUUUAUUAGGGUUAGGAGAUCAUCAGUUUUCAUAAGUUCUUUGCGUAUGGACAGUUUUUCUGGGUUUUACUUGUUCUAUGAGAACUGUCAACUGGACAUUGAAAGGUACACAUGAAACAUUGUAAAAUCUAGAUUGUAUUAUACAGCGCAAAAUACCCAGGGGAUACUUUGUCACUCUUCUCAACCAUGUCAGGUACACAGUAUGUCAAAUAAACAUCCACUCAUCCUCUGUUAAAGCAGAAAAAUGUUUCCAAUUCUGUGGAUGUUUAUAAUAUAUUGACAAUAAUGUUCUUUCUGUUUGCUUAAAAAUAAACAUUCAGUUUACACAGAGUGGUUUUGUGUGUAGCGAAUAAGUGAAGCCCCUUGUCAGGUUGGCCAGUACCCGUUACUUAAUGAUGAAACGAGUUAUGACAGUUUUCUCACUGUCAUUCAUUGCACGUUAUCAUUAUUGUGAAUUCAAUCUGACAAGUGUGUCAGGUUUGUUAUACUACUUGUAUGAUGGUAGAAAUUGUAUAGCGAAAAAAGGAGACCAAAGGGAGUACAGUAUAUGAAAGGUAUCAGAAAAACAUUUUUACUCAUGCAUCUUGUAAAUAACAAAGCAUCCACAUAGUUCAGACCAGGCCAGAUAUGGGCUCUAGUUUGAAAUCUCAUUUGCCAAUCUGUUUUAUUUCAUUUAGAUUCCAGUGUUGCAGCUGUCAGUAAUUUUGACUUUUAUUGCCUUUGUUUUUACAAGAUUAAAAUUUUUUGCACAUGCUCUUAUUGUAAUGGCUGAAGGAUUGUUGCAAAUGUAGAGAACAAUUUCUUGUUUGUAAAUAUACUUAAGUAUACUCAUAUUUAAGAACAAUUUAACAAACUUUCAAAAUGAUGCCAGAAUAAUUUUAUUGAUAGGUACAAGUAACAUAAUUUUUUGUUAAAACUAAUAAUUUGUGUAUUGUUGACAACAAAACUUAAGUUCUAGCUUGUCAUCAUACCUUCAGCACUGAAAUAAGGAACAAAAUCUAGUAGAAUUGUGUAGACCUCUGAAUCUAUACUGAGAGGCUGCAAGAGCUUGCUUAUUCAGUCCUCGCCAUCAGUCUGACAAUGAAUGAAGGGCCGACUUUCGCAAGCAUUUUUGUCCAGGUUUUCAUACAUCUAGACAUCAAUGAUACAGCUGGAUUUUGUUCCUCAUAAUGUUAAUUUUAGAGAUGUUUAGUUGUUUAUUUUAUACAAUUUGGGAGUAAGGUAUAGAAUUAAAACUUUGUUGGAAGAUAAGAGUUAGAUACGUAAUCUUUGUACGUAUAUAGGUGCUUUUUGAAUAAGGUACACUACCAUGUUAACCAGAUACAGACAUAUAUUCACUAUGAGAUUGACACAAAUAUAUGCAUAUGUAUAUAUAUUCACUUUAUAGAUAAGGCUGAAAAAUAAAUUAAACAAUGCAAUUUAUGCUCAGGGCUUAUAUAUUUUUAUAGCAUGAAAUUUGAUGAAAAAGACAAUUAUUUCUUUGAAAAGUAUUGUGGUGCUUCAGUGUUAUUAAAUUGAAUAAAUGUUGAAUUAAU